AUGUCCGCACUGUACCGAUUUUCGCGUCCAAACGCAUCUCCGCCGAAUGCUCAGUGUGGUCAUGGUUCUCUAUUGAAAUCAACCAUUUCCGGACUAAUUCCGCUGAGCGGAUUGGCUCCUCGGAACGAACCCGAAAAAGGCCUACGCUCUACUAAGGCAGUACAACCACAAAAUGAAGAAGUGUUCGCCUGUCCUCAACACUCCCAACAGAAGGAACAUUUCAACAUCUUGGUGAACCGAAAAACGCCAUCAGCCCCUCAACUCGAGCAUGUCCAACGACCAACGUACAUAGCUGUGAGCGAGGCACCACCGACGGUGUCGAAGGAGACCAUGACGGUGUCGUACUCCGGUAACUUUAUGCGCCUUCUUCUACGAUGGAAGGGAUCCAUUUGGAGAUCGGUCUGGAUUGAACUGGUUGUAUUUCUACUACUGUAUUACGCAGUCAGAAUAUUCUAUCUAUAUGGGAUUCCUGCUAUGGACGAGAAAGGAGAGUUAGGAUAUAAGAAGAAAUUCUAUUUAUUGUGCAAAGAGUUCAACGAGUACACUAAGUUUAUACCGCUCACAUUCCUCCUCGGUUUUUAUGUUUCGAACGUUGUUUCCAGAUGGUGGCGACAAUUCGAAUGCCUCAGUUGGCCGGAAGAUCUAUUAUCUAUUGUUUGUAUGAUUUUUCACGAGAACACUGAGAAUUCGAAGAAGAAACGACAUCAAAUCGCCAGAUAUCUAAAUCUUGUAUCAGCUCUCGCCUGGCGUGAUAUUUCCGACAAAAUUCGUCUUCGGUUUCCAAGCAUUCGCAAUCUGAUAGAUGCCAGGCUCAUGACUGAGGGGGAAUUUGCGAGACUGGAGAAAAUGCAGGAUCCAGCUCCAGGUGUUCGAUGGAUGGCACCUCUUCACUGGGUUCAACAAAUAGUUGUCACUGAGAUAGAAGCUGGACGUGUCCCAACUCAUUAUCUCUCCGUGUUCACAAACGAAUUGAAGCAGUAUCGGACGUCUUUUCGCAAGUUGUUCUGUCACGAUUGGGUUUGCGUACCACUGGUGUACACACAGGUCGCAUCACUGGCAACCUACGCAUUCUUCGUUUUUUGUCUUCUCGGCCGACAGGAAUUUGAUUCUGAUGAGGAGUUCGACAUUGUAUUUCCUGUGUUUACAGUUGUGCAGUUCCUGUUCUACGUUGGUUGGUUUAAGGUGGGUCAAGAUCUCAUGCGACCGUUUGGUCUGGAUGACGACGACAUCGAACUGAGCUACAUACUUGAUCGGAACCUGGUGAUUUCGUUCGCAAUCGUUAACUGCCUGCAAUCGGAUCAACCGCCAGAAUUCGAGCCUGAUGCAUACUGGCAACAUCUGGAGGAUCUCGGUUCCUACAAAAAUCCUACAACAUUGAAAUUUGGUCGCAUUGAUUUAUCGCGUACUGCACAUAAACAUCCGCCAAAGCUGCACACAUACGUGCAAGUGCGAAGAGACGAGAAAGCGAUAAAUCCGGACGAGUUUCCAGAUAAAGAUCGCCAACGGUACAUUGCGUGGUGA